GAGGCAGGCUGCCGGUGGAAUGGAGAAAAGUAGAAUGAACCUGCCCAAGGGGCCUGACACACUUUGCUUCGACAAGGAUGAGUUUAUGAAGGAAGAUUUCGAUGUCGACCAUUUUGUGUCUGACUGUAGGAAACGAGUCCAGUUGGAAGAACUUCGAGAUGAUCUGGAACUCUACUAUAAACUUCUUAAGACUGCCAUGGUUGAGCUCAUCAACAAGGAUUAUGCAGAUUUUGUCAACCUGUCCACAAACUUGGUUGGCAUGGACAAAGCCCUUAACCAGCUGUCUGUGCCUUUGGGACAAUUACGAGAAGAGGUUUUGAGUCUUAGGUCAUCUGUGAGUGAAGGAAUUCAAGCAGUAGAUGAACGAAUGUCUAAACAAGAUGACAUUAGGAAAAAAAAGAUGUGUGUGUUAAGGCUUAUACAAGUUAUUCGAUCAGUUGAAAAAAUUGAAAAAAUUUUGACUUCUCAAAGUUCUAAAGAAACAUCUGGACUUGAAGCAAGUAGCCCACUUUUGACUGGAAAGAUUUUGGAACGAAUUGCUACAGAGUUUAACCAGUUACAAUUUCAUGCCGUUCAAAGCAAAGGCAUGCCUCUUUUGGACAAAGUAAGACCACGUAUAGCUGCCAUUACAGCCAUGCUACAACAGUCCUUGGAAGGUCUCCUGUUAGAAGGUCUUCAGACUUCCAAUGUUGAUAUAAUACGUCACUGUUUGCGGACUUAUGCGACAAUUGACAAGACACGUGAUGCAGAGGCAUUAGUUGGCCAAGUACUUGUGAAGCCAUAUGUGGAUGAGGUGAUUAUAGAACAGUUUGUUCAGUCUCAUCCAGAUGGCCUUCAGAUCAUGUAUGAUAAGCUUCUGGAUUUUGUUCCUAAUCAUUGCCGCCUUCUUCGAGAAGUCACAGGAGGAGUAAUUUCAAGUGCAAAAGGCAAUGUUGUUCCUGGUUAUGACUUUUUGGUGAAUUCUGUCUGGCCUGAAAUAGUACAAGGAUUAGAAGAAAAAUUGCCAUCACUUUUUAAUCCUGGGAAUCCUGAUGCAUUUCAUGAGAAGUAUACCAUAAGUAUGGAUUUUGUAAGAAGAUUUGAAGUACAAUGUGGGUCACAGGCCAGUGUGAAAAGAUUAAGAGCACAUCCUGCCUAUCAUAGUUUCAAUAAUAAAUGGAACUUGCCUGUUUAUUUUCAAAUAAGAUUUAGAGAAAUAGCAGGAUCCUUAGAAGCAGCACUUACAGAAGUGCUAGAAGAUGCUCCAGCUGGAAGUUCAUACUGCCUUUUGGCUUCCCACAGAACAUGGAACAGCCUUAGAAAGUGUUGGUCAGAUGAGAUGUUUUUACCAUUGCUUGUACACCGUCUGUGGAAGCUCACACUUCAGAUCUUAGCCCGGUACUCCGUGUUUGUCAAUGAGCUUUUACUCAGACCCAUCUCUAACGCAAGUACCAAAGAUACUAAGAAACCUUUGGUCACUGGUAGCAAAGAACCUUCCAUUACUUCAGGAAGUAAUGACGGUCAAGGAAAUGGUCCUUCAGAAACAAAGCCUGUGGUUUUCAUUUCUAGUACUCACCUUGUGUAUGUGGUUGCAGACCUGACCAAGCUCCAGGAACAGCUUCCAGAACUCUUGGAAACAAUCAGACCAAAGCUUGAAAUGAUUGGCUUUAAGAAUUUUUCUUCUAUCACAGCUGCCCUUGAGGACUCCCGGCUUUCUUUGUCAGCCUGUAUGCCUGCUUUGAGUGACAAGAUCAUCCAAGAUCUAGGUGAUUCUUGUUUCAGUUACCUGAAAAGUGCCUUAGAAGUUCCAAGGCUCUACCGAAGAACCAAUAAGGAGGCUCCCACUAAAGCUUCCUCCUAUGUGGACAGUGCUUUGAAGCCCUUUUACCAGCUUCAGAAUGAACACAAGGAUAAAGUCCAGCAAGCAAUAAUUCAGCAGUGGCUAGAAGGAGCACUUUCUGAGAGCACUCAUAAGUACUAUGAAACUGUGUCAGAUGUCCUGAAUUCAGUGAAGAAAAUGGAAGAGAGCCUGAAAAGGCUGAAGCAAGCUAGAAAAAGCACCCCGGCCAACCCAAUGGGCUCCAGUGGAGGCGUGAGUGAUGACAGCAAGAUCAGGCUGCAGUUGGCCUUGGAUGUCGAGUACUUAGGAGAGCAGAUACAAAAGCUGGGCCUGCAAACAAGCAACAUAAAAAGCUUCCCAGCUCUCACAGAGCUUGUUGUUGCAGCCAAGGACCAGGCAACAGCAGAGCAGCCUUAAGCACCUUGGAAG